AUGACACCCUUCCCCUCCCCGCUCAAAACCUACCAAACCGACCUCGCCGCCCACAUCACCCUCAUCAACAACCUGCUCAAAGCGCACUCCUUCAUGCACGACAAGGCCGCUGACGACCUCGCGACUAUGUGUCGUGAGCACCCGCGCGGGAACUAUGCCGCGCCGUCGGUGGCGGGCGGGAUGGGGAUCCGCUUGGACCAGACGGAGGAGAAGUUUUUGAGGGGCGUGCAUGUGGCGUUCUUGAAGGGGUGCAUCGACUGGCAGGUGGAGAGUUGUAGGGCGCUGGAGAGGAGGAUGGCGGAUGUGGGGGUGAUGGAGGGGGCGAGGGUGUUGUUUGGGAUGGUGGAGGGGGAGGAAGGGGGGUAG